AUGUCUUCCAUUGGGGCUAGCUAUGCUGGGGUUUAUGUGAUGCAGAAGCGACAGAAGGAGAAAAUGGAGAAGAAGGAAGACGAAACUAGAGGGAAAGGAGAGAGCAGUACAGCAAAGGAGGGCAAAGUCUCUGCACCUGGGAGGACCAAAAAGGUCCAUGCAGAGAAUUUUCAGGCCUCGGACACUACCCGUCCCUAG